AUGGAUUGGAUUUUUCUUCAUUACAGUUAUUCUUGUGGUCUUCUAGAGCACUACUCAUAUCUAGUUGAUGGGAUUGUUGUGUUGCAGGGGAUGAUUACAAGAUUAGUUUGGAACUACAAAACACACGAGUGCCUUUUCACACUUCUUGGACAUCUCGAUUAUAUCCGCACUGUCCAAUUUCAUCACGAAAACUGA